AGUCAUUCCUCGCUCACUUUUUGAGCCACAAAGUUGCCCUGACCUUCAACUUAUACCCGUUGCCUCUCCAGAAACUCAGAUAUGCUAAAAUAUCACCGAGUCGCAAUAUGUCUACUUUCCAUCUCUACCUAAUAGCAUCGCUUCUGCUCGUGCUAACAAGAAGUGUCAGCCCAAGCGCAGAGCACAAAAGCAAGUUACUGGCGAAGACAAGAUGAAGACACUCAAGAACGGCAUGCUCGAUGUCACGCCAACUGGAAGAUACCUCGCAAUUGUCAAACGAAACGCUCAGAAGUCACCGCUACUGCGCUUACCUCUUGAGAUUUGCAACAAGAUCUGGAUGUUUGUCCUGAAAAGAGACCGGCGGCACGAACCUGAAAAUGUGCGACCAUCAUACUGUUAUGCAGUCUGUUGGCACUUGAGUAUCAUUCAAGUAUGCAGGCAAACCUAUGCCGUGACCGCGCUGCUACCAUUUGCCAUCAACUCCUUCCACGUCAACUCCCGUAUGGACAGAAGAAAUUUGCUGCAGUUACUCCCUGGUCAAAGAGAUGCUAUCCAAGAGCUCUUUGAUAUGGACUACUUUCUUGACGAGAGGAUCGAAUGGCCUAUACAUCGCUUCCAUGGGUUGAAGACAUUAUACGUGGAAUUUAUGGUCCUACCGGUACUGGGUGAAUACCUAGGACCUGAUGGAGAACAGGCUGUUGUCAAUAAGAUCGGAGCGAGAUCUGAGGUUCCUGAUCUCGAAGUUCAUGUUCGCCAAUAGAACAUGGACGGGUGGGGUGGAAUCUGAAGGCAAGCGAGACCAUCACCACUAUGGCAUCGUUCCAUCUGUUUCAUUUCUUUGCAACAACCUCGCUAACAAUGGCCGGUGGCAGAAGUUGGUCUUAGUAAU